UGGUAGAGAUGGCACCAGAAAUCUCUAUGGGGUCCAACAAAUGUGGUGGAAUCAAAGUCCAAAGAGUGGCCCACAUCUUGUCAGUAUACCACAUGGUGAUGUCACUGAUCCUAUUAAUUGAAUACACAAUUGAGGUGAUCAUUAGAAAAUAUUGUUGUCUAGACGUCAGUAAAUAUUACCACAUUGCAGAAAUAGCCUCCAGUUAUCUCCUUCUCACUGCUCUUAUUGCCAUCAACAUCUUGUUUAUUUUUGGCAUUCUCAAGAAACGUGGAAGUCUGGUGAUGCCAUUCCUGUCUAUGCAAAUCAUGGAUUUCAUCCUCAGUUGCUUGAUGCUGUGCAGCACUUAUGUUAUUCUGCCUUCUUAUAUAGCAGCAAACACACAAGACCACAAGUUGGUCUCACAAAAGUGGAAACCCCUCAACAUUUUUCUAAGCCUGUUGACUCUCUGUAGCUUCUACGUGGAGAUCCCAUCUUACCUCAACCUCAAGUCUAUGAACCUUAUGAAUUAUUUUCCACACCAUGAUUCAAAAGGUUACGUUAUGACGUUGGUUUUCUUCAACUUGCUGUAUAUCAGUGUGCUUUUCUCUAAGGUUUAUUUGAUCUGGUGUGUCAGUAAAUGCUUUAAGCAUUUUCAACAAUCAAAUAUACCCAAAUUUAGCAAAGACUCAGCUCCUCGGGACCUCUCAAAGGUGGUACUACCAUCUUAUGAGGAGGCUAUUAAGAUGGCAGCCAUUGACCUUCCACCUCCAUACUCCACUGUAUAAGUUUCCACAAAUCUUGCUGCCUGCUUCAUGCCUUACAUUUAUGUGACAGUUGUAUUGUUUAUAGAAGGUCUGUCCUUUCCAUUCCUGUGUAAGAGAGAGCUGUGGACAAAAAUGAAUAUAAAAUCUGUACUCCUGCUCCAGGACAAUCCAAGCAGAUGAUCUGGGAUGAAGCAUCACACAUUAAUAGUGAUACAAAUGGGAUGACCCAUAGAAUCUACAUGUACUCAUGAUGCCUGGGCCACUGUCAUGUAGUAUUCAGCUAAUAACAUAUGGUCUGUAGAAAGUCCCAUAAGUUGUAGGGUCUGUCACUUAUCCUUGGGAGUAAGGUGUACAUUAAACGGGUGUUUCUCAACCUUUUUAACAGAGGUUUUUAACUUUCCUUAGUAACCCUAACCACAACAUGUAAAUAUUUAUUUAAAAGCUCUUAAAUCAUUUUAUCAAAUUGAAGAUAAUCCUACACAUCCCAGAACUUGACAAACCUAAUUAGGAUGUAUGGAUCUGAGGAAAACUAUAGCAAUAAUAUAUUUUUUUUCAGGGUUAUUUUUUAUUGCUUCCUCUUUUCUUGAUAGCAGAAAUGUUUUAGAAGCAUUUCAACAUAAAAGUCUGACAAUUUGUUUCCAUUUUCAGGAUGUGAUUGUUUUCAUUGGCCUCUAUUCUUGAUUUUACUAUACAGUGAGAGAAAUAUUAUAUCAAAUGUUUCACACUAAAUUGUUUACUUUUUUUGCAUGCUGAUCUAUACUAGGCCUAUUUCAUCACAUAAUACUUCAUAUUUUACAUUACAAUAUGGCACUUUAGCACUUUAUCUGGUCCAUUUUACUGUGGUAAUUAGCUGACACAUUUGUCAUUCUCUUUUAUGUAAUGACUAAUCUAUUCACCUUACCUAAAUCUGCAUCAAGAAAUAUUUUUUUGAAUCUUAGAGGGUAAGCCCAGGAAUAUUCUGUGCCAAUAAUGUAUUGGCACAGAUGUAUUCUGGGUGGAAAAAAUAGGCUUUAAAGGAAACAAUUAUAAUUCCUCUUUACCAAUAAGUCCCAUAUCCUUCUCAUUGCUUAUGUCUAACACAGCAUCUCAGCAUUUUAAUAUUUAUAAUUGCAAAUAAUAAUAGGUUUCAUUUUAUGAUGGCAAAAUAUAUUAUGGAUAACUGAGAAAUAUCAUCACACAUUUUAUCUUUUGUUAUAAUGAAUUUUGGUUGAUAGAACAAGUAAUUCCCAUUAAAGCAUAGCACAAACUUAAAGUGACAUUGUACUAAAAUUAUUCAUAUGAAAGAGAAAUAUUUAAGCAUGUUGAAAAUGUUUUGCUUUUGCCUGAAAACCAUGAAGUAGAUUCUAUUAAAAUUAAAAUAGUAGUGUCAGUGGUGUGUUUCAACUAAUGCUCGUUGGCUGAUAGGUAGUUCCUACUAAUGCUGAUAGGCUAAUAUGUACUCUACUAAUGCUAAUAGGUACUCUAUUAAUGCUGAAAGACUGAUUAUCACUUUCCUGCCAAUGGCCCCGAUGAUCGAAAGUGCCCAGAGGCGGCAAGAUAUUAAAAAGAAAUUUGUUGCAAUAACGAGAAAGCUAGCAAAAUGCAUAUAUCAUGUAUUAUUAUUGUUUUGUAUUUUAUUGUACCCAUUGUAUCAAUGCAAUGUUUUGUGUACCCAGGACAUACUUGAAAACGAGAGAAAUCUCAAUGUAUCUUUCCUGGUAAAAUAUUUUAUAAAUAAAUAAAUAAAUAAAUAAAAUAUUUGAAUGGGCCGACAGUACUGUUUAAAGGCAGCUUUACUAAGAGGUUUCUUACCAAACAUUUCAGAAGAUGUAAUGCAAAUGACCCCUUGACACAGAAGUGUAUGACAAUAAAAUUUGCAUGUGUCAAUAGAAACUCAACCCCUGUUCUUACAAUACAAUAGGAGCUGGGUGUUUGUGGGUAUAUGAUAUAUGUAUAUACAAUGUAUAUGUAUUUUAUAAUGUUAGCAUAUGUAUGUAAACUGGAAACAUGAUUGUACUAAUCUUCUAAUGGGCCCUUAGGCGUUUUUUUUUAGUUAUUUUAAAAUUGCAAUUGUGCGUUCUCAAUAUUCAUAUGUAUAUUAUAUUAAGAAUACGCAUUUGCAAUCACAAUAUUCAUAUUUCACAAUAUUGCAAUGCGUUUUUGCGUUUUUAAUAUUUAUCUUUUAAUAAUAUUGAAAUUGUGAAUGCGCCGCUCAAAUGUAAUUUUGCAAUAAGUAAAAACACCAGCCUAAACAUUAUACAAUACAUAUACAUUAAACAAUGUAUAUAUAUAUACCCACAACCCCCUGCUCUUAUAAGUGUAUUGUUGAUAUGUUUAAUUCACUAUUGUAUAGUGAGAACAGAGAUGAAAGGACACAGUAGAUUUGCAUAAUCAACAAAUGCAAGAUAACAAGACAAUGCAAUAGCACUUAGGGCUAGAUUUAUCAAGCCCCUACGGCAGCAAGUUCUCACAAGAACUUGCUCGCCGCGAUUUAUCAAGCAGCGGUCACCAGACCGCUGCUUCCCUAAACUCUUCGCCACCUCUAAGGUGGCAAAAUUCAAUCUCCUCAUUCGAGUCCAACCGAGGAGAUUGACAGCUCCUGCCCGCGCGUGAUUGGCUGUGCGCGGGCAGGGAGCGGGAUUGCACGCAAGCGGAAAAUUGCACUUGUGUGCAAUGUUAAUUACCUACGGGUAAUUUCGCCCCGCCACAGGCGAGCUGAGGCAUACAGGGGCGCAUAUACGUGCCCCUGUACGCCUCAGCUAUGAUAAAUCUAGCCCAUUAUCAGAAUUAUAUCAGAGACCUGAUGUUACCAGAAUUUCUGAGAGUCUGUGCAUGUAACCAGAGGAUUUUUUGUUAGCAGGAAUAUAUAACCCUGGAAAUGUGGGGUGUGUGACAGUGAAGUUAACAGAAUCUUACAGACUACUAAGUUAACUGCUCUGUCUUAAUAUAGCCAAACAACAAGGAAGCUUGUUCACAGACAGAAUAGCUCAAUUGAUCAUUAGGCAGAGGAGGAGCUGCAGUAGCUGUUUAAGUAGCACAAACACUUUGGAACUGCUUUGAGCAGAGAAAGUAACAAGCCAGUGUAAAGUCAAUAAUGCUUUGUAUUACAAGUUUGGCAAUUAGUAUUAAGAUAAUCAUACAACCUGUACCCUUGUAGAUCAGCGGUAAAGUUCAGAGCAAGAGUAAGGCUUCAGUUGGAGGAAAGCUGGCUCCGGUAUUUGAGAGACUCUCCUGCUGCUUGCACAGUGAGAGGCUGCUGCUGAAUGACAUAGGCCCAAAGGAGGAGCAGUCAGAUGACUGUGGCAGAGAUCAGGUGCUGCUGGGAUGCAGCUGCAGCCCUUAGAAGCAAGCAGGAGGAGCUGAAGAUUUGGUAGAGCCGGAUAGGCUGGUGAGUAAACAAGUCUCAGAUAGAGAGAUUCAAUAAUCCAGCAAUGACAGCUAGGAUUAGGAAGCUUUUAUGGAGAACGAAGAGGCAAAUUUAAAGGGCGAGAAGGGCAGUAAAAAGGAAGGGUAGAGGAGACUCUGACACCCAUAGGCCCCAAUUUAUCAAAGGUCUUGCGGACCUGAUCUGACGCCGCCCCCUGCUGACUCGCGGCCAAUCGGCCACCAGCAGGGAGGUGUCAAUCAACCCGAUCGUAUUCGAUCGGGUUGAUUUCCGGCGAUUCCUGUCUGCCUGCUCAGAGCAGGCGGACAGGGUUAUGGAGCAGCGGUCUUUAGACCGCUGCUUCAUAAAUUGUGUUUCUGGCGAGUCUGAAGACUCGCCAGAAACACGGCCCUUCAAGAUCCGUACGGAGCUUGAUAAAUGGGCCUGCCAUAGUCUGAACUUCAAAUGAGUAGUAGAUUUUUUUUCUGACAAUUUUAAAAGUUAAGUCUUUUUCCACUCCCUCUGUACCAUGUGACAGUCAUCAGCCAAUCACAAAUGCAUACACGUACCAUGUGACAGCCAUCAGCCAUUCACAAAUGCAUACACACUUAUUAUUGCACAUGCUCAGUAGGAGCUGUUGACUCAAAAAGUUUAAAUAUAAAAACACUGUGCACAUUCUGUUAAUGGAAGUAAAUUGGAAAGUUGUUUAAAAUGGCAUGCUCUAUCUGAAUAAUGAAAGUUUCAUUUUGAUUAAGUGUCCCUUUAAGUUUCUGUACUGUGUAAAGGGAUAAUUUAAAUUGUGUGGCAAUCAAAAUACCUAAACUCAAAAUUUCUAAUACCAUAAAACAGAAUCUUGAAAUCCAGAAAGAUCCUAAUUCCUAAUGUCUAAAAUCCAGAAAAUCAAAAUGCAGAAAGAACAAAACCCCAAAAUUAUAAAAUCCCUAAAAUGCAAACUCUCUAAAAUGCAAAAUCCCUAAACUUAAAAAACCCUAUAGAUACGAUGUGCUGUGAUGUCCCCAUCUUCACUAUCUUUUUGCCUCCGCCUGGGGGGGUCAAGGGUAAACCACAUUCCCCUAGGUUUACUUGGGGUGAAUAACAGAGCAUCGGCGGGGCGCCCCCUUGAACCCCCCUGCAGAGACUGCUCAGCCAGUCCAACUGGUGAUCGCUUUUGGAUUGUGGUUUUCUAAGUGUUGGUAAUCUUGCAGGAUUUUAUUGUUUCAGGAUUUUGGUUUUCGGUAUUUUACAAGUUAGGGAUUUUUUUUCGGAAUUUUAAUUUUCAGGGUUAUGUUGUGUCUGCAUUUUUAAAAUUCUGUAUUUAGAACUUUGGGAUUGCGGCAUUCUGUCUUGUGUACUUCAGUCUUUUGAUAUAGACCUAUUUAAAUUACACCUUUGAUGUAGGUGCCAUUGCUUCUUUGAAUAUAUUGCCAGUAUAAAAGCAACAUCGCCACCCACUGAAAUGUAUGGUAAGACCUCUCUCAGCGAUGCUGCCUUUAAACAGUACUGUAGGCCCUUUUGAAUCAUUUUGCCAGCUUUCUCAACAUCACAACGAUCCCUUUUGAAUAUCUCGCUGCCUUGUGGCACUUUCGAUCAUCAGGGCCAAUGUGAGAAGUCCUGCUAAUGAAUAUGCUUAAAUGCUCUUACACAUGAAUGACAGAAAAAAAUAGUACAUUGUUCCUUCAAGUGUUCAGUGGGGCAAGGAAAUUAUAUGUAACAUCUUUUAUAUAAAUGUGUGUACUUUUGCAUGCACUAAAAUAAAAAAAUACUUCUAAUAA